GGGACUUUUGUUGUUGAAACAAAUUUUCAACAUGGCGGCACAGAGUGAGGGUGGGGGAAAGGAUGAGAUCAAAACACAUUUUGUUACCCGAGAAGGAUCCUAUAAGUUAAUGCAUCAUUCGGAAUACUCAAAGCCCAGUCGUGUUGCAUUCAAUGGCCAAACAAAUACACCUGUUAAACUUUCAUUUGUUGAGGUUAAUGACGGAACAGCGUCCCCAGACCGCCUCUGCUUUAACGUUGGCAGGGAACUGUACGUGUACGUUUACAAGGGAGUACGUAAGGCUGCAGACCUCACCAAACCAAUAGAUAAAAGAAUCUACAAAGGAACGUUACCCACCUGCCAUGACUUCAAUCAACACUAUCUCAGCCCUGAGAGUGUGCUGUUGGUGGUCGGGUUCACUGCAGGUCAGGUGCAGUUAAUAGACCCCAUUAAAAAGGAAAUCAGCAAAUUGUUCAAUGCUGAGAGAUUGAUAGAUAAGACCAAAGUGACAUGCAUCAAGUGGAUCCCUGGAUCUCCAAAUCAGUUCUUAGUUUCUCAUGGCUCAGGACAAAUGUACUUGUACAGUGAGGAGCUUCCAUGUGGACAGACCACACCACAGUAUCAACCAUUUAAGCAAGGGGAUGGUUUUGCUGUGUACACGUGCAAGACGAGAAGCACAAGGAAUCCUCUUUACCGUUGGGUCAUUGGGCAAGGGGCAAUCAAUGAAUUUGCAUUCUCUCCUUGUGCUCGCUACUUGGCAGUAGUAGGCCAGGAUGGACAUCUUCGGGUGUUUCAGUACAGCACAAUGGAAUUAUUGGGGACGAUGAAGAGUUUCUUCGGUGGGUUGUUGUGUGUAUGUUGGUCACCCGAUGGGAAGUAUCUUGUCACUGGUGGAGAAGAUGAUUUAGUGACAGUUUGGUCUUUCCAUGAGAAACGUGUUGUGUGCCGUGGCCAUGGACACAAGUCGUGGGUGAACAUGGUAGCCUUUGAUAAGUACACGUCGACAGUUUGUGAUGAGACGACGAGUGAUGUGAUAGGUGCUGACGGUGAAAUCAGCUCUGUGAAGGCCAAUGCAGUGGCGAGCAAUGAGGGGAGCAAUCACAUAAACAGACUUAGCUCCACAAGUAGCAAUCCAGAGUUCCCCCAAACUUUGCCGCCGCAGCAAACCAAUGGCAAACACCUCAAUGCCAACCAUAGUAAUUCCUCUUCGACGCCUGCACUAGAAAGCAGCACGAACCUCAACUACAUUUCUUACAGAUUUGGCUCUGUGGGCCAAGAUACAGAGUUGUGUAUGUGGGACUUGACAGAAGAUGUUCUAAAACAGCCAUAUGGGAAAUCUCGAACUAGCAGCUCAGGAUUAUUGGGCCUGAAUUCCUCCUCUUCAUCCUCAUUGCCUCGCUCAAACAGUCUACCUAGCUCACAGAAGGCAAACUCUGUUGGGCCUGUGACGAGCAAUGAUGUGUCUGGCCAUGCAUAUGCUGAUGGCCACGCACACCCGAUACAAAAUGCUGUGAUGAACGCAAGCUCAAAAUUUGCGACUUUAUCUGUGUCUGAUCGCAAAGAAAGCAGUGACAAGAAGGAGCAUAAAAGAAACUUCAGUCUAGCGGCUCGAAAUAGUGACAAAUCGUCUGUGGUGAAAUCAAACAAUGUACGUCCAGUGGAUAGUGCUAUGAAGUUAUAUGGCACCCAGGCGUGUCCAAAGUUAGAUCAAGUGCCCAUGUUAGAACCGUUAGUAUGCAAAAAAGUUUCACACGAGAGACUCACAGCAAUUGCAUUCCGCAAUGAGUGUAUCGUAACAGCUUGUCAGGAGGGAAUUGUGCUUACUUGGGCAAGGCCAGGAAAAGUGUUACGAGAUGGAGUUGAAUGACAGCAAGCAACACAACAGUCUGUCUCCAGCAACGAAGAACUCACUCUGUGACUUAAGCUUCAGAUAGCUUCAAGUGGACAGCCUCUUUUUAACUGCUUUCUUUGAGAUGGCACCAAUAACAUGCAUGGCCACUAUCAAGAGGCGAGUCACCUCAAGGAGGAACCUCAUGUUUCACCAACGGCACAACUCAUGAUUAUGCAUGAUUGUUAUUAUGUUCAGUGUCCACAAAUCUUUUCUGAGCAGAUAUCAAGAGUGCCUCUUCCCCCUCACUCUCUCUCUCUCUCCCCCUCUCUCUCUCUUUCCCUUUCUUUUUUCUCCCUGUCAGUGUUUAUGAAAAGUGGAAGAUGAGCUGCAAUGUGGACUUUCUCUGUCAGUCUCAGCAUUUAAUCAGUAUGUUCAGUUUCUACUUGCUUGCUCAGUUGUGGGCAGUUCAAUGUGGGCUCAGUUGUAUUUGCAUAAAACUAAACAAUUAUUUUACUUUGGUUUCCAUUGUGCUCUGAUAAAUGUGCCAAUCCCAAGUUUUGUAUUGGAAGCUGGGAGGAGGGGGGGGUUGUUUGUUUCGUUUUGUUUUUCUAUAGCUUUUCCUUACGGUUUUCAGUCAUUGCACAGUACCAUGGCUGUGAAACAUGUCCAAAUAACUUAAGUCUUACAGGUGUCUUAGAAUGUCUCACACAUACUCUUUGUCUUUUAGAUUCUAAGUUGUCUUAAGCACGUUGUUUUUUUUUUAAUUUUUAGAAAGUACCAAAAUCAACAUUUCCAGACUAUGUGAUCUUGUAAGUUUUUCAUGUGACACGCGACUACAACAUUAUUUAUACCGAACAUGGUAUGAUUUGUCAAAAUUCCUGUGAUUGUUAUGAAUGUUUUAUGAUACUGGAGGUUGUUCUUUGUCUCUCGUUUGCAAUGGAGAGUUUUGCAAUUAUUGUUUACAUUCGUGAUACAGAUGGGGCACGUACUGGGGCCUGCCUCGUCAUUUGAAGCUACAUCACCAUUUGUAAGGCGCAUGGUAUUAUAGAAAAUGGGCCUUUGGCAGUAUGCUUUUGGCUUUCAUGCUACAUUAACUGUCUGUUUGCCAGGCACUAAGGUCCUACCCAAAGUGGUGAUGGUUGAAAAGCAUCCAUGUGUGGAAAGAACAGAAAUAUUGUUUUUAGAACUAUUUUUUAAAUUAUGUGAUGUAUAAAAUAUUAGCAAAGACAACAUUUAUCAUAAUAAUAAUAGUUUUCAAAUAUGGAAAGUUAAGUAUAGUAUACUAAAACCAAAUUUUGUCAUAGAUAAUUUUUCAUGUGUAAAAAUAGCUGCUUCAGAACAGCUGCCUAUGAGAAUAGAUCAGUAUAAGAUAGCUUUUUUAUGAAAGGAAAAGCAGUUUCAACUAAUAAGAUUAGACAGUCAGCCUCCGUUUUCUGCUAAUGCAGCAGAUAGAGACUCGUGAUUGCUUGGUUGUGUUGGUUCCUUGUGUGUUUUUUGGGGGGGGGGGGGGGGGGGGGGGGGGUUACAUUUGAAAGCAACAAAAAUCAUAGCAUACAUAACGUGUAGAUUUUGUAAAAUGUUGACACUUAGUAUUUCACUAAGUACGCUGGGUUUAUAAAGGUUGUUUUCUUUUAGUUUUGUUUUCCCAAAUUGUUAAUCUUUGCCACAGCAGAGAAAAGAGAAGGAGUUGUGUCAGAUGGGAAACUGUUGCCUGGAAGCAGUAGUAGCACAUACAUAAAGUACUUUUUUAAAAAAUGAAUGAGUUUAUUUCGGCUGCAAUUAGUUGUCAUGUCGAAGUGGUUGUGUGAGUUUCGGGCGAAGUUCCUUUUGAAGCCAAAGCCUAGCAUCUGUUUAGUCUCUAAGGCAAAAACUUAAAAUUUAAUGCUUUUGUCAAGACACUUACCUAAGUGGUUGUCAUCCGUGUUCCUGCAACAUGGAGCUUGAGGGAUUGUAGUAAAGUAUAUAUUUGAUGUGCAUGGCUUUUUUUGUUGUUGUUUCAUUAAUCAGAUUUGUGAGUAUAGUUAAUCGUUUAUCAAUAAUGGUAUGUCCACCAUGAAGCCACCAUGAAUCUCGGGACAAAGAUAUUUUAAACAGUUCAGCAUCACACUUAAUUGAAAUAAACUAAAAUAAGUUCCAAAAAAAUUGUAAGGCAGAAAAUGUGGACAUAUCUGUAGCUUUGCAUUGGAGGUUAAACUAUGAAGACUCAAGUGGUUAUGACAUUGGUGCUCAUUUUUUUAAAUACGAAAGGGAAAA